CCUGAGCGGCCGCGGCUCCAGCUGCUCCCGCGCUCCGGCCGGCUUGGGCGCGGCGCCGCUCGGGUCCCCGCGGCGGAGCCAGGUGCGCGCGGACGUCGGCCCUCCCCGGGGGCUCCCACCUCGCCUGACUCCCGAGCGGCCGCGCGGGCAAGACGCUGGGCAGCCAUGCCGCGCAGCCCGACCUCCAGCGAGGACGAGAUGGCCCAGAGCUUCUCCGACUACUCGGUGGGGUCAGAGUCGGACAGCUCCAAAGAAGAAACCAUCUAUGACACCAUCCGGGCCACGGCAGAGAAGCCCAGCACCGCCAGGACGGAGGAGAGCCAAGGCAACACGCUGGUCAUCCGUAUCCUCAUCCAGGACCUGCAGCAGACGAAGUGCAUCCGGUUUAACCCGGACGCCACCGUGUGGGUCGCCAAGCAGCGGAUUCUGUGCUCCCUGACCCAGAGCCUGAAGGACGUGCUGAACUACGGGCUGUUCCAGCCGGCCAGCAACGGGCGCGACGGGAAGUUCCUGGACGAGGAGCGGCUGCUACGCGAGUACCCUCAGCCCGUGGGCAAGGGCGUCCCCUCCCUGGAGUUCCGAUACAAGAAGCGCGUGUAUAAGCAAUCCAACCUGGACGAGAAGCAGUUGGCCAAGCUGCACACGAAGACCAAUCUGAAAAAAUUCAUGGACCACAUUCAGCACCGUUCGGUGGAGAAGAUCGUCAAAAUGCUGGAACGAGGCCUGGAUCCGAAUUUCCAUGACCUGGACACGGGAGAGACUCCGCUGACCUUAGCCGCUCAGCUGGACGAGCCUGCGGAGGUGAUCAAAGCUCUCAGAAACGGCGGCGCCCACCUGGACUUCCGCGCCAGAGAUGGGAUGACCGCCCUGCACAAGGCCGCCCGAACCAGGAACCAAGUAGCCCUGAAGACCCUUUUGGAGCUGGGAGCAUCCCCCGAUUACAAAGACAGCUACGGCCUCACACCGCUGUACCACACCGCGAUCGUGGGCGGGGACCCCUACUGCUGCGAGCUGCUGCUCCACGAGCACGCCGCCGUGUGCUGCAGGGACGAGAACGGCUGGCACGAGAUCCACCAGGCCUGCAGGUACGGCCACGUGCAGCACCUGGAGCACCUGCUCUUCUACGGGGCGGACAUGGCGGCCCAGAACGCCUCGGGGAACACAGCCCUGCACAUCUGCGCCCUCUACAACCAGGACAGCUGUGCCCGAGUGCUGCUCUUCCGGGGCGGGAACAAAGAGCAGAAGAACUACAACAGCCAGACCCCAUUCCAGGUGGCGAUCAUCGCGGGCAACUUCGAGCUGGCGGAGUACAUCAAGAACCACAAGGAGACCGACAUCGUGCCCUUCCGAGAGGCCCCGGCGUACUCCAACCGCAGGCGGCGGCCCCCCAACACGCUGGCCGCCCCCCGGGUCCUGCUGCGCUCCAACAGUGACAACAACCUCAACGCCAGCACGCCCGACUGGGCCGUCUGCUCCGCCACCUCCCACCGCAGUCUCUCACCCCAGCUGCUGCAGCAGACGCCCGGCAAGCCCGAGGGGGCCGCCAGGACCCUUGGGAGCUACGCCCCCGGGCCCCGCAGCCGGUCCCCGUCGCUCAACAGGCUGGGCGGUGCCGGCGAAGAUGGCAAGAGGCCCCAGCCGUCCUGGCACGUCGGGCCGGCUUUCCUGCCCGGUGCCAGCAAGGAUGCGCUGUCUGCCUUCGAGUACCCAGAGCCCAAGCGGAAGCUGUACAGCGCGGUCCCGGGGAGGCUCUUUGUCGUCGUCAAGCCAUACCACCCUCAGGUCGACGGCGAGAUCCCCCUCCACCGCGGUGACAGGGUCAAAGUUCUGAGCAUUGGCGAAGGAGGCUUCUGGGAAGGCAGCGCCCGCGGCCACAUCGGGUGGUUCCCGGCCGAGUGCGUAGAGGAGGUGAUGUGCAGGCCCAAGGACAGCCAGGCAGAAACCCGUGCGGACCGCAGCAAGAAGCUCUUCCGGCACUACACAGUCGGCUCCUAUGACAGCUUCGAUGCCACCAGUGACUGCAUUAUCGAGGAGAAGACAGUGGUCCUGCAGAAGAAGGACAAUGAGGGUUUCGGAUUCGUGCUCCGAGGGGCCAAAGCCGAUACGCCCAUUGAAGAAUUCACGCCAACGCCGGCGUUCCCAGCCCUGCAGUACCUGGAGUCCGUGGAUGAAGGAGGGGUGGCGUGGCAAGCCGGACUGAGGACCGGGGACUUCCUGAUUGAGGUGAACAACGAGAACGUCGUCAAGGUCGGCCACCGGCAAGUCGUGACCAUGAUCCGCCAGGGAGGGAACCACCUCGUGCUCAAGGUGGUCACAGUGACCAGGAGUCUCGACCCGGACGACACUGCCAGGAAGAAAGCUCCCCCGCCUCCCAAGCGUGCUCCAACCACGGCCCUCACCCUGCGCUCCAAGUCCAUGACCUCGGAGCUGGAGGAGCUCGGCCUCUCACUAGUGGACAAAGCCUCCAUCCGGAAGAAGAAGGAUAAACCCGAGGAGAUAGUCCCGGCCUCCAAGCCAUCCCGCGCUGCUGAUAACGUGGCCAUGGAGUCCAGGGUGGCCACCAUCAAGCAGCGGCCCACCAGCCGGUGCUUCCCGUCCGUCUCGGACAUGAAUUCCGUGUACGAACGACAGGGGAUUGCUGUAAUGACGCCCACGGUUCCCGGGAGCCCGAAAGGCCCAUUUCUGGGCCUCCCCCGAGGUACGAUGCGAAGGCAGAAAUCAAUAGACAGCAGAAUCUUUCUAUCAGGAAUAACGGAGGAAGAGCGGCAGUUUCUGGCCCCUCCGAUGCUGAAGUUCACCAGAAGCCUGUCCAUGCCGGACACCUCUGAGGACAUCCCGCCCCCACCGCAGUCUGUGCCCCCAUCCCCCCCACCCCCAUCCCCCACCACCUACAACUGCCCCAAGUCCCCAACCCCAAGAGUCUACGGGACCAUCAAGCCAGCGUUCAGUCAGAACCCCGCUGCCAAGGUGCCCCCCGCGGCUCGCUCGGACACGGUGGCCACGGUGAUGAGGGACAAGGGGCUGUACUACCGGCGGGAGCUGGACCGCUACUCCCUGGACUCCGACGACCUGUACAGUCGCAGCGCCGCCGCCCAGGCCAACUUCCGCGCCAAGAGAGGCCAGAUGCCAGAAAACCCGUACUCGGAGGUGGGGAGGAUCGCGAGCAAAGCCGUGUACGUCCCCGCCAAGCCCGCUCGGCGGAAGGGCAUGCUGGUGAAGCAGUCCAAUGUGGAGGACAGCCCUGAGAAGACGUGCUCCAUCCCCAUCCCGACCAUCAUCGUGAAGGAGCCCUCCACCAGCAGCAGUGGGAAGAGCAGCCAGGGCAGCAGCACGGAGAUCGACCCGCAGGCCCCGGAGCCGCCGGGCCAGCUGCGGCCUGACGACAGCCUGACCGUCAGCAGCCCCUUCGCUGCCGCCAUCGCUGGGGCUGUCCGCGACCGGGAGAAGCGGCUGGAAGCCAGGAGGAACUCCCCGGCCUUCCUCUCCACAGACCUGGGGGACGAGGACGUUGGACUGGGGCCACCCGCUGCCCGGGCACACCCCUCCAACUUCCCCGAAGAGGUCGGCUUCGGCGAGGAGGAUGACGCCGAGCCGCUGUCAUUGCCCACGCCGGUGGCACUGCCCAGGGAGCCCGAGAACCACUUCGUGGGUGGUGGCGAGGCCGCAGCUCAGGGGGAGGCCGGCAGGCCGCUGAAUUCCACAUCCAAAGCCAAGGGUCCCGAGGGCAGCCCUGCAGUGCCCCCCAAGAGCAGCAGCACAGCCGGCCCCGAGAAUUACGUCCACCCGCUCACAGGCCGGCUGCUGGACCCCAGCUCCCCGCUGGCCCUGGCGCUGUCUGCAAGGGACCGAGCCAUGAAGGAGUCCCAACAGGGUCCCAAGGGGGAGGCCCCCAAGGCCGACCUCCACAAACCUCUCUACAUCGAUACCAAAAUGCGGCCCAGCGUGGAAGCAGGCUUCCCUCCGGUCACCAGGCAGAACACACGGGGACCCCUGAGGCGGCAGGAGACCGAGAACAAGUACGAGACGGAGCUGGGCAAGGACCGCAAGGGCGAGGACAAGAAGCACGCGCUCAUCAACAUCGUGGACACGUCCCAGCAGAGGUCGGCCGGCCUGCUGAUGGUCCACACUGUGGGCGCGGCCACCACCGACCACCUGCUGCAGGAAGAGGACGAGAAAGCCGACGGGGAGGCCACGCCAGACCACUCGCUGCCCGAGGGGCCAGAAGGCGCUCCCGAAACCGAAGGUGCUUUAGAGAUCUCCGCCAGCCCCGAGCCCGCCGCCGCCGUGCCUGGCAGGACCAUCGCGGCAGCAGGCUCUGUGGAAGAGACGGUGAUUUUGCCAUUCCGCAUCCCUCCUCCCCCUCUGGCAUCCGUGGAUCUGGAUGAGGAUUUUAUUUUUACAGAGCCACUGCCUCCCCCCCUGGAAUUCGCAAAUAGUUUUGAUAUCCCCGAUGACCGCAUCGCUUCUGUCCCUGCUCUCACGGACCUGGUCAAGCAGAAGAAACAGGACGCCUCCCAGUCCCCUUCGUUGAACCCCAGCCAACCAGCCAACUGUGCAGACAGUAAGAAGCCGGCUGGCCUUUCCAACUGCCUGCCUGCCUCCUUCCUGCCGCCCCCCGAGAACUUUGACGUGGUCACGGACUCUGGGAUCGAGGAGGUGGACAGCCGGAGUAGCAGUGACCACCAUCUCGAGACAACCAGCACCAUCUCCACGGUGUCCAGCAUGUCCACCCUGUCCUCCGAAGGCGGGGAGAACGUGGACACCUGCACAGUCUAUGCAGACGGGCAGGCAUUUACGGCGGACAAGCCCCCAGUACCUCCGAAGCCAAAAGUGAAGCCCGUAAUUCCCAAAAACACCACACUUUAUCAGGACGCGCUAGCGGAGGAGGACGUGGAUAGCCUCGUCAUCCCUCCCCCAGCACCCCCGCCGCCGCCGGGCAGCGCCCAGCCUGGGGCCACGAAGGUCACGCCACCAAGGACCUCCAAGUUGUGGGGGGACGUGUCCGAGGUCAGAAGCCCGAUUCGCUCAGGCCCAAAGGCAAACGUGAUCAGUGAAUUGAACUCAAUCCUGCAGCAAAUGAACCGAGAGAAAUCGGCAAAGCCGGGGGAAGGAUUGGAUUCGCCCACAGGAACCAAGCCUGCCAGCCUCGCUCCAAGAAGUCCAGAGGUCAUGAGCACCGUCUCAGGGACGCGGAGCACGACGGUGACCUUCACGGUUCGCCCGGGGACCUCGCAGCCCAUCACUCUGCAGAGCCGGCCCACGGACUUUGAGAGCAGGACCUCAGGAACAAGACGUGCCCCGAGCCCUGUGGUGUCGCCAACAGAGCUGAGCAAAGAGAUCCUGCCUGCCCCCCUCUCCGCUGCUGCUGCCACUCCUUCUCCCACUCUCUCAGAGGUCUUUAGCCUUCCAAGCCAGCCCCCAUCUGGGGACCUGUUUGGCUUGAACCCGGUGGGCCGCAGCAGGUCGCCAUCCCCCUCGAUACUGCAACAGCCAAUCUCAAAUAAGCCUUUUACGACUAAGCCUGUGCACCUGUGGACUAAACCAGACGUGGCGGAUUGGCUGGAAAGUCUAAACUUGGGUGAGCAUAAAGAGACCUUCAUGGACAAUGAGAUUGAUGGCAGUCACCUACCAAACCUUCAGAAGGAAGACCUAAUAGAUCUCGGGGUGACUCGGGUCGGGCACAGGAUGAACAUAGAAAGGGCUUUGAAACAGCUGCUGGACAGAUAAGGGUGGCUGCUCUGUACCUUCACAGACUCCUUGUUAUAAGUAGAGAUGGGCUUCUACUGAAAUAUUUGGGCGGCCAAGCAUGGUCUGUGAGCACCAACCCCACUCCACGGGUGUGUCUCCUGGUACCCAAAGAAAUGCCGAGUGUGUCCAGGUGUGGCUGAGCGAAGGCCUUGAAAGGCCCCCAAUCUCCCUGUGGGCUUCACGGGCUGUUUCUGUGCAGCAGGGGACACGGGGAGGGAGUUCUGCACCACGAGAGAGCGGCCCGGCUUGCCUCCCAGCAUGCAGGUGACCUCACGUUGCCAGGCCCCGGGGACGCCCCCGUCGACUUAGCACGGGACCCUUGCUCUUGCAGACACCAGUGUCCUCCAGAUGCCUCCUGAGACCUCCCUCUGCUUUCCGGGCAGCUGUCCCCGCCGCAGGCCCGCCGCAGUCUGUGGCCUCCGGGAGGGUUCUCAAUGCUCACUUGCUCCUUUCCUCUACUUCGCUUGCGGUAAAACACCCCACAGUAGUCUGUCCGGUGCCCCUUCUUGGGCCCGAAAGGUAGAGAAUCUCUUUUUCCUCU